CCAUUUAUUAUUCGGGUUGAUUACACUCUACCCGACAUGAGUCGGAUUCUGGGAGAGCCGCUACAAUGGCGGAUUCACUUCUCUCCUUUAACUUGUCGGAGCCCAAAAAUAACAAUAAAUUUCCCCCGCAAACAAUGAACUCAAACCCUAAACCUAAUCGUGAAAAUUAAACUCAAAAGAAAUUGCAGUUCACCGAUUAAGGAGGAGAUGGAAACUCAGAUGACUCACCAUCUGUUUGAAAGACGCCCUAUAUACAAGUCCAAAGCUCCUGCUUCCAAAUGGUUCAAGGAAUGGGUCCCACAAGAUGUUGUAGCAACUGGUGGGAAGUGCUACAUCUUAAAGUGGGUAAAUGAGGCCACAUUAAAAGCUCUGAAGGAGAAGCCAAAAGAGCCAGGAGUACCUGUGUCAGAACCAGAGUCAACUACUGAAGUUCUUUUUCUUUGUAGCUAUGAAGGUUGUGGAAAGACAUUUAUUGAUGCUGGGGCGUUGAGGAAGCAUUCUCACAUCCACGGGGAGAGGCAGUAUGUGUGCCACUAUGAGGGUUGUGGAAAGAAAUUUUUGGAUAGUUCCAAGCUAAAACGACACUUUCUUAUUCACACUGGAGAAAGAGACUAUGUGUGUCCACAUGAAGGCUGUGGUAAGGCAUUCUCACUGGAUUUCAACUUAAGAUCACACAUGAAAACACACUCCCAGGAGAACUAUCAUAUCUGCCCAUAUCCAGAAUGUGGAAAGCGAUAUGCGCAUGAGUACAAGCUUAAAAAUCAUAUUUCAUCUACUCACCAGAAGAACACAUCAGAUGCACAUGCACAUACACCAAAGUAUACCCCACCUGUGGAGAAGCCGGUGAAGACUCCGAAAUCUUCUUCAGCAGCUUAUGGCUCAUCAUCAUCUGACCGCCCUUACAGCUGUCCGUAUGAAGGUUGUGACAAAUCUUACAUCCAUGAAUACAAGCUGAAUCUUCAUUUAAGGAACAUGCACCCUGGUCAUUUCCCAGAGGAGAACGCGAGAAAUGCUCAAUCCACUGCUGACAAUGAGAUGGAUGAAGGCAGUGAUCAGGAUGCAUAUGCUGCAAGACGUGGAAACGGAAGAAUUCAAAAACAGAUCAGGCCAAAACCAAGUUUAAAGCAGCCACCUUUAAAAGUUGCACGCAAAAGCUCAUCUAGUGCUUCUCAAGCCAAUCUAAGUAUAUCGAAGAAGCCUUGGCCGCUUAAAGAAGAGAACUACAAUGAAGAAGAUAGUGAAGAAACAGAAGAGGAACGGGAUGAUGUCGGGGAUGGAUGGACGUAUGGUGAAAACGAUGACGAUGAUGAAGAGACUGAAGAAGAUGACUAGGCUUAUUUCAUACAUACUCAUAGGUAGUCAACUACUAUGUUUUGGGAUAAAUGGUUGUCACUGUAGAAAAUAGGAUUGGACCUUGCUUGUUAUUGGUCUAAAAUGCUUUCUUCAAGUUUUAUGAAGCAUGGGGUUUUAGCUAUUUCC